AUGGCUGAAAGAGUCCGGCAUGGUCUUCUGUCAAAGAAAGGAUUGGUUGAUGUUGUUGCUGGGCCGGAUGCCUACAGAGAUUUGCCUCGUCUGAUAGCUGUAGCUCGGGCUGGUAGUAGUGCGAUUAAUGUUCAGUUAUCCGUUGAGGAGACAUACGCCGAUGUUCAACCGGUUCGAGUGGAUAGUAACGCGAGGACUGCAUACGUGUCUAUAAUGCGUGGAUGCGACAACAUGUGCACAUACUGUGUUGUACCUUUGACAAGAGGCCGGGAAAGAAGUCGUCCGAUUGAUUCUAUCAUCGAUGAAGUGAAGCGACUCAGUGAUGAGGGCGUUAAACAAGUCACUUUAUUGGGUCAAAAUGUCAACAGCUAUAGAGAUAUGUCCGAGUCAAGCUAUGUUGUGGAGAGCGCUAUGCCAACGAGCACUGUUCCUGGAUUCUCUACAGUCUACAAGCCGAAGACAGGUGGUCGGACGUUCUUGACACUGCUAGAAAAAAUCUCGGAAGUGGAUCCCGAAAUGCGCAUUCGCUUCACAUCACCACAUCCCAAGGAUUUCCCUGUUGAGGUGAUCAAGCUGAUCAAAGAGAGGCCGAAUAUUUGUAAUCAGUUACAUUUGCCUGCACAAAGCGGUGACAAUGACACAUUGGAGCGGAUGGGUCGCGGCUAUACGAGAGAAGCGUAUCUCAGAUUGGUGGAUGACAUUCGAGGAGUGCUACCAAAUGUCAGCCUCACCAGUGACUUCAUUGCUGGGUUUUGCGGUGAAACCGAAGAUGCUCAUAGGAGGACUAUCGAAUUGAUGCGCGAUGUCAAGUAUACGUUUUGCUACGUCUUCCCGUACAGUAUGAGAGAGAAGACUCGUGCACAUUACCGCUUGACAGAUGAUGUGCCUGAAGAUGUGAAACGACGACGGCAUGAAGAACUGGCCACAGUGUUCCGUGAGGAAUCACUGGCGUUGCACAAAUCUCUAAUGGGAACGGAGCAGCUGGUGUUAGUUGAAGGGGUAUCUAGAAGAUCUCCGACGGCCUUGCAAGGCCGAGCAGAUUGUGGAACAAAGGUCAUAUUCGAGAACAGCGGCGGGUAUGAGGCUGGUGACUAUGUUGUAGUGAGGGUAAACGACUGCUCUUCACAAACACUGCGAGGAGAGUCCUUACGAAAGACUACUCUGAGAGAAUUCUAUAAUUAA